CUCCCUCCCCUCUCAACCGCGCCCAGUUCCUCCCCAACUCCCUCCAAAUUCUCCCUCCACCGCCAAAUCCAGUCGCCAAUUCCCGACUCUCUCCCGAUGCCGACGCUCCGCAGCGCCACGCUGAGCCCUGCCCCGGCGGCCACCCCGUCCCCGACGGCCACCACCCCCUCCCCGGCGGCCGCCGGCACCACCCCGAGCAGCGCGGCCAAGCGCCGCAUGACCGCUCGCCGCGCCGCCGAUUCGCCCGAUUCGCCCCAUUUCACCUCCCCCCACAAGUCCCCGCUCGCCGGCACCGGCAAUUUCGGCGCCCCGAAGAUGCUCUCGGCGUCGCCCAAGUCCUCCCGGAAGCGCCUCUACGGCGACCUCGUCCCGGCGGAGAGACCCAAGUGGAACCCAAGAGAUCCGGCGCAGAUGCAGGCGGUCAAGGAGGCGCUGCACGUGGCCACGACGCCCUCGUGCGGCCUGGUUUGCAGGGACGAUGAGCAAAGGCGCGUGUUCGAAUUCUGCAAGGCGUGUGUCCAGCAGGAGAGGGCGGGGAGCCUCUACGUGUGCGGGUGCCCCGGUACAGGGAAGACACUGUCGAUCAGCAAGGUCAAGCAGAGCGUGUCGCGAUGGGCUGAUGAGAUGGGAAUGGAGACGCCUGAUGAUUUGUCAAUCAAUUGCACGAACCUUGGAAACACAUCUGACAUUUUUGGCAAGAUACUUGAAAAAUUCCAGGUUCGGAAAAAGGCAAGUGGCAAAUUGUCACCACUUCAGCAACUGCAGCGUAUGUUUUCUCACAAAGAAUCUGCUCCAAGGAGGAUGCUAUUGGUCGUUGUGGAUGAGAUGGACUACUUGAUAACAAGAGACCGCGCCGUGCUACAUGACCUUUUCAUGCUUACCACCCACCAGUUCUCGAGAUGCAUACUGAUAGGAAUUGCAAAUGCAAUAGACCUAGCAGAUCGGUUUCUUCCAAAGCUUGAAUCCUUAAAUUGCAAGCCACUUGUUAUAACUUUCCGAGCCUAUUCCAAGGAUCAAAUAUCCAACAUAAUUAAUCAUAGGUUAAAGGUUCUUGAGUAUGAUGUCUUCGAGCCAAUGGCGAUAGAAUUUUGUGCUAGGAAAGUAGCUGCAGCCACUGGAGACAUGAGAAAAGCUCUUGGUGUUUGCAGGAGUGCUGUGGAAAUAUUUGAAUCAGGACUACAAGAUCCUUCUGAUAAAGGAGCUGGAGUUGUGACAUUUGACCAUAUGGACAUUGCCUUGUCGAAGGUUUUCAGGCCAGCAGUAGUAAAUAACAUACUGUGCCUUCCCCAACACCAACAGAUGGUGCUGUGUGCACUGGCAAAUACCUUUCAACAUUCCAGGAAAAAGGCUACUACUCUAGGAGAGCUCAAUAAAUCAUACAUAGAAAUUUGUAGAUCGACCCAAGUUCCAGCAGUUGGGAUGCUUGAAUUUUCUAACAUGUGCAUGAUUUUGAGCGAUCAGGGAUACUUGAAAUUAGGGCAAUCCAAAGAAGAUAAGCUUAGAAGAGUAAUGCUUCAGAUUGACAUUUCAGAUAUUACUUUUGCAUUUAAGGGUAGCCGAUUCUUUGAGAAGUGCCUUGAGCAACCAAAAUUUUAGUGAGAGCACCAUGCUUCCUAGAUUUUCUUUAAGAAGUGCAAACGAGUCAAACUAAGAAGCUCAAAAGGCUCAGGUGCUCUCAUUCAUUGUAUCAUAUCAAGCUUUUUCAGUCAGUCGUCUGCUGGUUACCAGGGUUGAUUUAUGGAGGAACUCUUUCUUACUGCCGAAAGUGUACAUCCUAGAGUUAUUAGUUGUCAUACAGUUCCUCCAAAAGAUAGUUGAAUUUACUUGGUUUUCAUUUUUGUUUUAUCUGUAGCAAUUGGUCAUGUAGUUAGCCAUUGAUGUACCAAUAAUUUAUUUUAGCUGAGCAGUAAUGCAGAGCUGGGACAAUUUUUUAUUCAAGUUGCCAGAGAAAUUGUACAUCAGUGAUAACUUUACUCAGGUGGCUUGCUUUCCCCUGUGAGAUAAACAUAAUUUUGCUGAGGAAUACCUUUA